AAACAUGGAGGACAGCACUGGCAGUAAUCCCCAGUCUCCCGGAUUCACAGAGAAACUGAAGUCUUGGCUCUCUUGGUCAUGGACUUAUGUGUGCUUCCUUUGGUUCGGGAUGGUGCUGAUAAUGAUAUACGUCCUGUGGAGUCCGCUGAAACUUCAGGAAACUCUUACCUCAGCUUCAGUGUUUUUAAACACACUGACACCCAAAUUUUACGUGGCUCUCACUGGAACCUCCUCUCUUAUCUCUGGACUCAUCCUUAUAUUUGAAUGGUGGUAUUUUCGUAAAUAUGGGACUUCGUUUAUUGAACAAGUAUCGGUGAGCCACCUGCGUCCUUUGCUUGGUGGAGUGGAAAGCAGCUCCACAACUGGUCUGUUCUCAUCAGUUAAUGGAGAUGCAGAGCCUAGGCCCAGUGUUUCUGAAUGCAAGGUCUGGCGAAAUCCUUUGAAUCUUUUUAGAGGAGCUGAAUAUAACAGGUACACCUGGGUGACUGGGAAGGAACCCUUAACAUAUUAUGAUAUGAACCUAUCUGCUCAAGAUCAUCAGACCUUCUUCACAGGAGACACUCAGCAGUUAAGGCCAGAGGAUGCUGUAAGCCUAGAUGAUCAUCUUCUUACAGUGAUGCAGAAGGCCUGGAGAGAGAGAAAUCCUCAAGCCAGGAUCAGAGCAGCUUAUCAGGCCAUAGAGAUCAACCACCAAUGUGCUGCAGCCUAUGUGCUUCUAGCAGAGGAAGAAGCAACAACUAUCACAGAAGCCGAACGCCUUUUUAAAAAAGCUCUAAGUAUUGCAGGAAAAGAUAUCAACCUACUAGUAUAUAUUAAACGCAGAUUGGCAAUGUGUGCACGCAAGUUGGGGCGAAUUAAAGAAGCAGUAAAAAUGAUGAGAGAUUUAAUGAAGGAGUUCCCAUUGUUGGGAAUGUUAAAUAUACACGAAAACCUCCUUGAGGCUCUUCUAGAGCUUCAGGCAUAUGCUGAUGUGCAAGCAGUCCUUGCAAAAUAUGACGAUAUCAGUUUGCCAAAAUCCGCUACUAUAUGCUAUACAUCUGCGCUGCUGAAAGCACGGGCUGUCUCAGAUAAGUUUUCACCAGAGGCAGCAUCCAGGCGGGGGCUAAGCACAGCAGAGAUGAAUGCUGUGGAGGCCAUACACAGAGCCGUUGAGUUCAAUCCCCACGUGCCAAAGUACUUAUUAGAGAUGAAGAGCUUGAUCCUGCCUCCAGAGCACAUCUUGAAGAGGGGUGACAGUGAGGCAGUAGCAUACGCUUUCUUCCAUCUGCAGCACUGGAAGAGGGCAGAAGGAGCCUUAAACCUACUACACUGCACCUGGGAGGGCACUUUCCGAAUAAUUCCCUACCCACUGGAGAAGGGUCACCUCUUUUACCCGUACCCAGGAUGCACAGAAACAGCAGAUAGGGAACUACUGCCCUCUUUCCACGAGGUGUCUGUGUACCCAAAGAAAGAGCUUCCCUUCUUCAUCCUCUUCACAGCAGGCCUUUGCUCUUUCACUGCCAUGCUGGCCAUGCUCACACAUCAGUUUCCUGAACUAAUGGGUGUCUUUGCCAAAGCAUUCUUCAGCACACUCUUUGCACCCCUGGGUUUCUUCGCAGACAAGAUGGAAAGCUUCAUGCCGUCCAGUUUUUGGCACCAGCUGACUCGGAUCUGACCCCGUCUAACACAGACACAAUGCAUACACACACACCAAUAUCACUCCAAACCCUUGAACAAAAAGUGUUUUCUCUCCUGUCUUCAGCAUUAGUGCCCACUUGCUGCAUUGUUACUGAUUACCGUAUGUUGGCUGAAGUUGUAUCAACACAGUAAUACUACUUCUAAGAUGCUCUCCCACACUCUUCCAAUAGUCAGUUUUUCCAAGAACACAUUUGGUGAAUACCAUUUGCAACAGUUUCAUAGGGUCAUUCACUUUUGUUAGCAUGGGGAAAUCCAGCAUUUUUCAAUAAUCCAGAAUGCCUCGGUGAGAGGAGCUCCUGAGUAAAUUCAGAUUAAAAAAAAGAAAGAUUAAAAUUUGGUUUUGCCUGUGUAUGGAAGAAAAAAUGUGUACAUAAAGGGUCUCCUGCCCAUUUGCAAACAAAACAUAUUCUUUUUCUUUGUGUAAUCAAAAAGAUGCCAUUUCAGUGGGCUAUAUUGACCCUCACAUACAUCUAGCAGGGCAGAUUUAAACGUCUGAGGCCUCCUAAAACAGAGGCAGGAUUUAUAACCUCAGAGGGACUGCAGUGUAUACAAUGCCUGUGCAGUUCAACUAUUGUCGCUAAGGCUGAAUAUCUCAGCACUACAUCUCUGGGGUAACCACUGCAUCAUCAAAAUGUAAAUAGGAUCAUCAGCGGUCAGCAAUCAUACUUAAAAUCACACAGCAUAGGCAAUUUAACAUCUUCAAUAACAAAAAUUAAAAUAAUUCUAAAUAUGCUGUGUAAGGUCAACUUGGGGCAAUAACCCUCACGAUCUAUCAUUAGGCAAACAUGUCAAGUUGGUCACUUCAACUGCCUGCUGAUAUGCAUUUAGAGUGGGCAGAAUUUCCUUUUCCUUAUUUUACUAAAAUUUUGAUGACUGUCUGAAUUGGUAUAAUUAAGCUAAUGUUUUCUUCUGUGAAAGGUUGUUAUUUUGUAUUAAAUUAAAUAUGCUCUAUUAGAGCUAUACAUUGAAAGAUCUUAUUGAAACAUAACAACAGGAAACAAAUGUACCUGUUUUUAAUUCAUAGAAAACGUAUACAGGUAAUAUAGAAAGUUUUAAAAACCACAAAUUUGCUUAAAUAAUUUUCUUAAAUCUCAGGUAUCAGUUUUUUCUCAGAUAUCCUGACAUCACGGUGACAGCUUUCCACCUUACGUGAAAGAAAAUGUUAUAAUAAUUUUAAAAAGUGCCUUUUAGAUCAUUACAUAGCUAAACUACUGUGUAGUGAUUAAAAGCCUGUUUGGUAUUUAUUACACCUGCAGUAUGAUAGACUCAGUUUGGGAAAAAAAUGCUUAAAGGGUCAUUUUUAUAGAAAUGUUAUAUGGAAUCAGUAUAACAAUGAAAAACAAAAGCAAAAAAAGGGCAUGCUGGUUAUUAUGCAAGGGAACACACAAACACAUCAUUCAGACCUACUCCAAACUCUGACUACUUAGACUGCAUUCUGUGUUUUACCUUGAUCUUAAGUAUUUGUCUAUUUAAAUGUGUGACACACAAAGGAUCUUUAGUGUGCAGCUGAAAUUUAACAGUAUGCUGAAGACAGGAGGAUCUGUGAACAACUGUAACUACGCGUGGAUGAGUUUGAAAGCAAAACAAAAUAAAUUAGUCUUUCAUUGA